AUGGAGAGCCACCACCAUGAGCAUCUGCGGAUGUGCUCCCUGAAUUCUAGUGGCACCUGUGACAUUUGUCCAGCAGAAUUUGUCAAACACAUGAACCAAAGCCCUCACAGCUCCAGUCCAGGCAAGAAGAAGGAGCAGAGAAGAGGAAAAGGCAUUUGCCUCCUAAGUCUGUCCUUUUUCUUGGAAGCUCUGCCCAACACUUCUGCCUGCCUCCUGCUGGCUGUGUGGCCACCCCUAGCUGAUUGUGUACAGCUGAAUCAGUACACACUGAAGGAUGAAAUUGGAAAGGGCUCCUAUGGCGUGGUCAAGUUGGCCUACAAUGAAAAUGACAAUACCUAUUAUGCGAUGAAGGUGUUGUCGAAAAAGAAGCUGAUCCGACAGGCAGGCUUUCCACGUCGCCCCCCGCCCCGAGGCACCCGGCCAGCUCCGGGAGGCUGCAUCCAGCCUAGGGGCCCCAUUGAGCAGGUGUACCAGGAAAUCGCCAUCCUCAAGAAGCUGGACCACCCCAAUGUGGUAAAGCUGGUAGAGGUCCUGGAUGACCCCAACGAGGACCAUCUGUACAUGGUGUUUGAGCUGGUCAACCAAGGGCCUGUGAUGGAAGUGCCCACCCUUAAACCACUCUCUGAGGACCAGGCCCGUUUCUACUUCCAGGACCUGAUCAAAGGCAUAGAGUACCUACACUACCAGAAGAUCAUCCACCGGGACAUCAAACCUUCCAACCUGCUGGUGGGAGAAGAUGGCCACAUCAAGAUUGCCGACUUUGGCGUGAGCAACGAGUUCAAGGGCAGUGAUGCGCUUCUCUCUAACACCGUGGGCACACCUGCCUUCAUGGCACCUGAGUCGCUCUCAGAGACCCGGAAGAUCUUCUCUGGGAAGGCUUUGGAUGUUUGGGCCAUGGGUGUGACGCUGUACUGCUUUGUGUUUGGUCAGUGCCCGUUCAUGGACGAGCGGAUCAUGUGUUUACACAGUAAGAUCAAGAGUCAGGCCCUGGAGUUUCCAGAUCAGCCUGACAUAGCUGAGGACUUGAAGGACCUGAUAACCCGCAUGUUGGACAAGAACCCAGAAUCAAGGAUUGUGGUGCCAGAAAUCAAGCUACACCCCUGGGUCACGAGGCACGGGGCGGAGCCGUUGCCAUCGGAGGACGAGAACUGCACGCUGGUCGAGGUGACCGAAGAGGAGGUCGAGAAUUCGGUCAAACACAUUCCCAGCCUGGCGACCGUGAUCCUGGUGAAGACCAUGAUACGGAAACGCUCCUUUGGGAACCCGUUUGAGGGCAGCCGGCGGGAGGAGCGCUCAUUGUCAGCGCCUGGAAACCUGCUUACCAAAAAACCAACCAGGGAGUGUGAGCCCUUGUCUGAGCCCAAGGAAGCAAGGCAGCGAAGACAGCCUCCGGGGCCCCGACCCGCCCCCCGUGGGGGAGGAGGAAGUGCUCUUGUGAAAGGCGGUCCCCACGCCGAGAGUUGGGGGGCCCCGGCCCCCGGCCCCCGCGCACGCAUGCAUCCUCUGCGGCCCGACGAGGCGAUGGAGUAG